AUGGCAAGCAGACUCCCCGCUGAAAUCUUGCACUUUGCAGUCCGCGCCACCCAGCUCGAGAAGGCGAACCCGCAGCUCAUGUGCUCUGCAGGUGAACACUACAUAGCUAACUGGAUAAUCGGCAAAGGACUGCACAUCAUCGAUAAGAAUUGCAUGGGCUACAUUGCUACCCUAAUAGACAAACUCGAGCAGAUCAAAACCAAGAUCCAGCGCUCGGAUAACAACGCCAUACCUGACGACGUCGCGCUACGCGCGCUAGGUACAUUCCUGAGGGCAGAUAUUAUUAUACGGACAAACAAGGUUCCGGCGUGA